CGCCCGCAGGGCCGGGCGGGGCUGUGCUGCCAUCUGGAGCCGCUGCCGCCGGCGGCCACUGUCAGGGCGCGAGCGGCGGGAGCGCACGCAGGGCUGGAGCGAGUGCAGCCGCCGCCGCCGCCGACACCGCGGCACAUGGGCCGGCCCCGCCGCUGCCGUCGCCCCUAGCCCCAGCAGCCCUGGUCUCGCAGCCUCCUGCGGCUCUGGUCGCCCGACCAGCCAUGUCUCUCGGCGGAGCCUCCGAGCGCAGCGUCCCGGCCACCAAGAUUGAAAUUACCGUGUCCUGCCGGAACCUGCUAGACCUUGAUACCUUCUCCAAGUCCGACCCCAUGGUGGUGCUUUACACGCAGAGCCGGGCCAGCCAGGAGUGGCGGGAGUUCGGACGGACCGAGGUGAUUGAUAACACGCUGAACCCAGACUUCGUGCGCAAAUUCGUCCUCGACUAUUUCUUUGAGGAAAAGCAAAAUCUGCGCUUCGAUGUGUACAACGUGGACUCCAAAACCAACAUCUCCAAACCGGUGAGCAAACGUUUCCUCGAGGGUUGGCGGAGCGCACAGGAGGCACUUAGAUGUGUUCAACGACUCUUAGAACUCCUCCCAACCCUCGACCCAGACCCCAUCUUCUUCAGGCCCCCAACCCACCCUCCUGGUCCCUCUCCUCCUGCCCGAGUGUCCUGCCUGUGCCCCCUACUCACUGUUCCUCUUCCUUCUUGGCUGCCACUGCUGGGACCUGCAGAAGGAUUUCCUGGGACAAGCGUUCCUGGCCCUGGGAGAGGUGAUUGGAGGCCAGGGCAGCCGAGUAGAGCGAACCCUCACGACAUUGCCACCAUGCAGCUGUGUGCAAACAAGCUGGACAAGAAGGACUUCUUUGGGAAAUCAGACCCCUUCCUUGUGUUCUACAGGAGCAAUGAGGAUGGCACGUUCACCAUCUGCCACAAGACAGAGGUUGUGAAAAACACGCUGAAUCCUGUGUGGCAGCCCUUCAGCAUCCCUGUGCGGGCUCUGUGCAAUGGAGACUAUGACAGAACGGUGAAGAUUGAUGUGUACGACUGGGACCGGGAUGGAAGCCACGAUUUCAUUGGUGAGUUCACCACCAGCUACCGGGAGCUGAGCAAGGCCCAGAACCAGUUCACAGUAUAUGAGGUUCUUAACCCUCGGAAGAAAUGUAAGAAGAAGAAAUAUGUCAACUCAGGAACUGUGACGCUGCUCUCCUUCUCUGUGGACUCUGAAUUCACUUUUGUUGAUUACAUCAAGGGAGGGACACAGCUGAACUUCACAGUAGCUAUUGACUUCACGGCUUCCAAUGGGAAUCCUCUGCAGCCUACCUCCCUGCACUACAUGAGUCCCUACCAGCUCAGCGCCUAUGCCAUGGCCCUCAAGGCAGUGGGAGAGAUCAUCCAGGACUAUGACAGUGAUAAGCUCUUCCCAGCUUAUGGCUUUGGGGCCAAGCUGCCCCCAGAGGGACGGAUCUCCCACCAGUUCCCCCUGAACAACAAUGAUGAGGACCCCAACUGUGCGGGCAUCGAGGGUGUGCUGGAGAGCUAUUUCCAGAGCCUGCGCACAGUGCAGCUCUACGGGCCCACCUACUUUGCUCCUGUCAUCAACCAAGUGGCCAGGGCUGCAGCCAAGAUCUCUGAUGGCUCCCAGUACUAUGUUCUGCUCAUCAUCACUGAUGGGGUCAUCUCUGACAUGACGCAGACCAAGGAGGCCAUCGUCAGCGCCUCCUCAUUGCCCAUGUCUAUCAUUAUCGUCGGUGUAGGACCAGCCAUGUUUGAGGCAAUGGAAGAGUUGGACGGUGAUGAUGUGCGCGUGUCCUCUAGGGGACGCUACGCAGAGCGAGACAUCGUUCAGUUCGUCCCAUUCCGAGACUAUGUUGACCGGUCAGGGAACCAGGUGUUGAGCAUGGCCCGACUGGCCAAGGAUGUGCUGGCCGAGAUCCCGGAGCAGCUGCUGUCCUAUAUGCGCACCAGAGACAUCCAGCCUCGGCCCCCACCCCCUGCCAACCCCAGCCCGAUCCCAGCUCCAGAGCAGCCCUGAGGAUUCCACAUAUCCAGUGCCUCACAGUCUGCAAGCCUGCUCACCCACUGCUUCUGCUUUAAGCCAGAGGCACCUGGAACCCUGGACUUCACUGGGAGGGCCAACUUGGAGGAUCAGUGCUGGCUGACAAGCCCUCCGCCUCCUUGCCUGCAGAGGGCCUGGCACUAUCACCACCUCCCUGCCUUCAUGCCAAUAAUAAAGCUGAUCUUUAUUCCA